AUGACGUCACGGAUCAAACAGCCACUUUCUCUCUCCGUCCUACAGAGCGGCCUGGACAUUCGGAUGUUUCCCUCCAACGAUAAGAUCCUAACGUCCGGCAUGGCUGACGACACGACCUCAGACAACUGGGAUAUACCGGGACCGAACAAAAGCACGAUCGAAAAUGACACGAGCUACAGUGUCUCUUGUAACUACGACUACAUACCAACCAUUUCGGAAACGAGUGAAGCUCUGGGAGACUUUGGAGUCGCGAUGCUGACCACAGGAGUGAUAUUGACCAUAGCUUUAUACGGCCUCUUCGCUGAACAAGUUUACUAUACCUACACCACGUGCCAUAAGGUCUUCAGAAGACAUAUCAUUUGGAUUACUUCAGUUUACCCUUUUAUGACGAUGAUGAGUGUGAUCGCCACAGCCAUACCCAGGGCGGACAACCUUUGUACAGCUGUUAAAGUAACGUACAUGUCCAUAGGAAUCAGCCACUUCACCGACCUGACCACAAGCAUGUUCGGAAGUGAGAAGGCCAUGCUAGCUUACCUCGAGGGCAGGGCGCUGAACCUUCAAGUUGGACCCUGCUGUUGCUGCUUACGGUGCCUCCCUUCGCCACCCGUGAACAAGAUCCGCAUUCGCAUUGUUCGUUGGUUGCUGUGGCAGAUGCCCUACACUCAGGCGAUUUACUUUAUCCUGACUCUUCUGUGGUCCAUUGCUGACAGUGAAACCGAUGGCACUGUCAAUCCCAACGGAAACUACCUGUGGCUAAACACCCUUAACUUCACCUCGUUUAUAAGUGGAGUUUAUGCCCUUCAGAUCCUGGCAGCAGCAGGAACAGUACCUCUUGAAGACUACAACUACAACCGAAAGGCGUUUUCGGUGAAGACACUCGUCCUUGUCACUAAGAUGCAGAGCUUCAUCUUCGACAUCAUGGCAACCUACAACGCUUUUCCUUGUCUUGGUCCUUACAUCUCCCCGCGCGUCUACAAGCAAACUGUCGAAAACUGCAUAUACCUGGUCGAGAUGCUGAUCCUCGGCCCCUACACCUACUGGCAGUACCACAACGAAGCCUUCAUGACCGCUAACCCGAAGGAGCCCAGACAAUUUUGCGCGAGAGCCUCCCCGAAGGAGGUCGCCGUCAGCACCAUCUCGAAGUCGUUCCAGGCUGAGGGUGCUGCUGUCGGAGGAGGACCUCUGACGGACUCUCAAGAACCACACAAGGACCAUUCGGCUUACGUUGAUUUGUCGGCUAUUGUAUUGCCUCAGACGCACACGCAAAGUAGUACGUGUGUGACGGAACAGCCUAGGACUACGGAUGGGUAUGGUCAUAGAAUAAGAGAAAAUUUGGUCUAAAUGUUGAUUAAAUAUGAGAGAAAAAAUUCUGCUUCUGGCCAGAUGUAGGUGUGUAAUUACGCUUUGCCUAAAAUAAAAAAAAGAGAAAAAAUGAUGAGGAAAUCGGUCAUGAAUGACUGAUAAGAUUUUUCUUCCGUCGUUUUACAUAACGAAAACCUCUGAGAUUCAUAAUUUAGCCAUUUUUAAAUUGCAUGUUGUCUAAUUAUAUACCUAAUUUGGGCAAUUAUUUGAUAGGUUAUAAAUGAGUCUGCGUAUUCACACCUGUACGGAAUGGUGAAUCAAGUACAAAAAGUACAAAGCACCUGGCCACAGCCUUCUUACCUAGUAUGGUGUGUGCGAAAUCCCAGUGGCAAGAAAUGUCAACUGCCAUGAUGUAAAGCAGCACUGCAGAGAGAAUAAUUCAGGACAUAUCAAGUAUUAACAGGAAAUAACAUUGUCAGUCCUAUUUCAAUGUAUGUUUGACUUGUUGUCAGCGCUCACUGUCACCGUGUCUGUCAUUAACGUAACAUGCCGGAUCAUUCGCAUAUACAAAGGUAUAGAGGAAUCAAACUAAAUUUUUGUACCCUUUUUUGAGAAACUGACUGAAAUCAAAUUUCAGGAAGUAAACUAUGAUAUUACAGUACAGCAGUUGCCAUAUGUGAUGUGGAAGGAUUGUAUAUUGCCUCUUUUUGUAAAUUUAAACCUAAGUUCAUAAAUAAAAAAAUGUGUAAAUUAUGGUAGUCCUUGA